AUUAUGGACCAUCACCUGAAGAUGAGACAGCAGCUUCACAAUUUCGAAAAUUGUGGGGAAAGAAAGCAAAAGUACGAAGAUUUAAGAUUUUUGAAACUAGAAAGGAAAUACAGCGCGUAUUAGGAGAAAGUGAACGUCAAGAGAAGUUGAUGAAAUUACAAGAACAAUACGAAAAAUAG